AAUCGAUAUUAAUUUAACUAGAGAACGAUAGAUGAGGUAACUGUAUAUACAUGAUAUACAACGAACCAUUUCGUUGUAUUCUUUUGGAAGAUUGAGAGGAAAUUGAUAUUUAUUCGUUACACUAUUUAUAAUAGUGUUAUGUACUCUUGAUAGUGAACUUUAUAUAAUCGGUUUUGUAAAUUUUAUUCUUCUUAAAUUUUAUUAACUGUGAUUAAUAACAAAAAAUGGCUCCGCAUGUAGAAACAAUACCAAAAGAAAUUUUAGAAUUUCCAAAAGAUGUACCGAAAAAUGGGAUUAAUGCAGUUUUAUUAGGACCACCUGGUAGCGGUAAGGGUACACAGGCACCAUUAUUAAAAGAACGUUAUUGUGUAUGUCAUCUAUCUACAGGCGAUAUGCUUAGAGCAGAAAUUAAUUCUGGAUCUGCUCUUGGAGCUGAAAUUAAAAAAAUAAUUGAUGAGGGUAAAUUAGUCAGUGAUGAUCUUGUAGUUAAUAUGAUUGAUCAUAAUUUAAACAAACCUGAAUGUAAACGUGGUUUUUUGUUGGAUGGUUUUCCUAGAAGUGUUCCACAAGCUGAAAAACUUGAUCAAAUGUUAAAGAAGAGACAAACUAAAUUAGAUGCUGUGGUAGAGUUUGGAAUUGAUGAUAAUUUGUUAAUAAAAAGAAUCACAGGUCGUUUAAUUCAUGCUAAAAGUGGUAGAUCAUACCAUGAAGAAUUUGCUCCUCCUAAAGAAUAUAUGAAAGAUGAUAUUACUGGAGAACCAUUAAUUAGAAGAUCUGAUGAUAAUAUAGAAGCAUUGAAGAAACGAUUAUCCACAUAUCAUACAGAAACUGUACCUUUGAUCGAUUAUUAUGCUUUACAAGGGAUUCACUAUUAUGUUAAUGCAGCUCGAUCUAGUAAAGAUGUUUUUAAAGAUAUUGAUUGCAUUUUCCUAAAAGCAACUAAACAACAGGAAAAAAAAGGUUUCUUUAGUCGAUUCUUUUAAGAUGUUCAAUGAAAAAAAAAUUACACCUCAUUUUUUUCUUGUAAGUAAAAGGGCAAUAUGUAGUUAAUGGGAAAUAGUUUUAGAAUCAAAAUAACUUUCAGUAAAAUUUAGCACACUUUAAUAUGAUUUUGAAUAUAAAGACAAUUUAUGCUACUUUUAAUCAAUAGAAUAUAUAUUUUUUGUAUAUCUAUAGAGUAUAUUUAAGACAAAAUGUUAAAAAAGGAA